AUGCUUCUCCUCCAGAAGGCUUGCCAGCAGCAGCACCCCUCCCCGACGAUGCCGACCAACGCCGUCGAGCCGGUCCCCGUCGAUGCCGACCAGGUGUUGAUGAACGAGGCUCCGACCAACGGCCAACGCAUCGAGGACGACGACCCGGCUGGGUGCCAGAAGUCGGCGAAAAAAGCGAGGGCCCAGAAGUGGCAGCCGCCGAUCCGGGAGAGCUACAUUGAGGGCUCCAAAUCGCUAGUGAUCCUGUUCGGGUGGGCCGGCUGCCGGGACCGCUACCUCCGGAAGUACUCCGAAUUCUACGAGAGUUCCGGAAUCUCCAACGUCCGCUUCACGGCCCCGAUCUCCCACAUCCGCCACUUUGCCGACUAUCGUCCCCUCGCCCAGCGCGUCUUCGACCAGGUCUUCGGUAAGGAGGGCGACAACUGGCCCCACGACGUCUAUUUCCACGUGUUUAGUAUGAACGGCUGCUCGACGUUCUGCGCGCUGUGGGACGCGCUGAAGGGCACCCACUACGAGGCCGCCUUCAAGCAGCGCGUCCAGGGCAUCAUCUUUGACAGCUCGCCGGCCAACGUCUCGCCCAACCAGUCCGCCCGCGCCAUCUCCUUUGCCGGCUUCCCCCCACCGACCAGCUCCGUCGUCCGCGAGUCCGUCAAGGGACUGCUGCUGACGUACUUCUCCGUCCAGAGGGCCCGCAUCUGGGUGCAAUCGAUGUGGGACGAGGGCGUGUACGAACGGAACUUUGCCUACUACCGCAUGCUGGCCAUUGAUGAUUUGCCGCAGAGGCAAUGUUACCUGUACGGCCCUGGCGACGAGAUCUGCACGCACAGCUCGAUCGAGGAGUUUGCAGAGACACAGCGAGAGGCUGGGAAACAGACGACCCUGCACUGCUUCCCCGACUCGGCCCACUGCCAGCACAUGCGCACCCACACCGAGGAGUACCAGCGCCUCUGCGUCUCGUUCAUCAACGACGAGGAG